GGAUGAGCCUAUUAGUAAGCUCAAGGAGGCUAUCAAAGCGAAAAAGGCACCACGUUUUGAUGAUAUCCCUGCUGACGAACUCAAGUUAUGGAAGGUAAAAAUUCCUGACGAUCGUGAUUCCGAGUUGGUCAACCCUGCAUUAGAUGUCGAACUCCUGGCAACUCGAGACGUAGGAGAUUACUGGACCAAGAAACUGCCUAAAAGACAUAUCUAUGUCAUAGUCGAACCACCCGUAUCAACCACUACUUCGAGCCGUAAGCUUCCAGAACUUCGGGAAAA